AUGUACUACACGCUGGUUUUCCUCGCUGUACUGCUGGCGCCUUUCAUGGCCGGAGCUGCCCCCACACCGACCCGCCCUGGGUUGGGAUAUGCCGCCGUUCGGCCGACCACGACGCACAGGGCGAAGCCAAGCGUCGUGACGCCUCCCCCCUGCGUCGCGAUGGACCCGCCGCCGAGCGAGGAGGAGACGCGAGCACGGUUCGACGAAUUCGCUAACGCGUUCCUGGUGACGAGGAACCUGACCAACGCGUUCGAGUACGUGUCCUCGGUCUACAUAAACCACAAUCCGUUUGCGGAGGACGGCCCCAACGCUGCUCUCGACUUCCUGGACACAAUGUGGAAUACCACCAAGAUCGCUCCUAUCCGCACUGCCUUUAAAGGCGAUCAGGGGUGGUUGAACUACAUCGCUGCCGGCAUGGGGGAGAUCGUCGAUAGGUUCAGGUGGGAGGCUGGCUGUAUCGUGGAGCAUUGGGACCAAGAAGAGAUAUUUCCCGAAGAAGCGUUGGCUCACUACCCUCCCCAUGCUUAG